AUGCCAACGUUAGUGAUGCCGUUUGAUGGUCGACCAUCUGAUCACGAAGGUUCCGACACGGACAGUAAAAAUACCGAUUCUAGAAUGGGUUUGAAGGAAUCAUUAAACCCAGUUUUGUGGCUACUUCGAAUGACAGGUCUGCUUUUCGGCGUAACCCUGUAUAGUCCGUGUCGAAAACCUUCAAAGGCGGAUAUGCUUACCAAACGCUGCUGUUCUCCCAGUCUUGUGUACGGAGUCUUCGUCGUCUUUCUGUUGUGGUCCAACGUCGCACUCUCGCUGUGGUCGUUUCGUGAUAUGACAGCUUUUGACGGCGUUGUUUGUAAUCAAAUCAUCACCUCGACUUGGUUCUUUCAGGUGGCAAGUACAGCAUUAGGCAAUGUCUGGCUUAGUAAACGCUGGAACAGAAUCUUCACUGCCUGGGACAAACAUGUGAUAUCAAUGGACCCUGGUCUUGCGAUUGGAAACCGGCGAUCCGCUAUUGUUGCAGCUGUUUUGUAUAUAGUUUGGUUAAUGGUAGAGUUUGGAUUCGUGGGCAUCGGGGCAUACUUACUGGAAGGUGGUGGAAUAGGAUCAGGCGGUUCAUUCACCGAUCAGCACCAUUUCAAUAUGUUUUUCCAGUUUCUGUUCGUUUUAAUUUUCUUCUAUUUUAUUUCUGCUUGGUAUUUGAUGACAGCUGUGUUUACUAUUUUGGCCUUUGGACUUUACCGGGCGUUUAACACAUUCUCUAAACGUCUUGAAGAAAAUUUCGUCGAUGGAAAAUUCAAGGGUGACGUUGAACAACUUCGCCAGAAAUAUGGCAGCCUUGUCCAGCUGCUCGGAGAUGUUGACGGUAUGGUUUCCAUGUACGUCAUGGUAAUCGUCGGAACCAUCAUCCCCCUCAUCAUCUUCACUCUUUACUUCGUCCUCUUUGAGAGCAUCGACACCUACUCCUACAUGGCGACCUGGUGGUCUGUAUCUCUCAGUCUCAUCCAGAUCAUGUUGGUGUUCAUUGGUGGAGGUUUGGUGAAUCACGUGGUAAGGCCAUUAGUCCGUAAAACACGGGCAGUAUAA